GUUUUUUAUAGUAAAAUGCUACGACAGCAACUGCAGCUAGUCGGCCUGGCUUUAAUACUUUUGGCCAUUGGCUGUGAAGCCGCCGAAGGUAAAAAAGAUAAACGUUGUGUGAACUGCUCAUAUCGCACUUAUUACACCUACGGCGAUGGUCGCUCCGUGCAGCGUGUGAUCUAUCAAGAUCCGGUCUAUACACGUGCUGCCCAAAGUACUUACGGCUGCAAUGGCAAUCCCUGUGGCGUCAAUGCCGUUUGCCAGGAGGCUGCCGGCGGCCGUCCGGUCUGCUCCUGCCCGCCGGGCUAUAGCGGUAAUCCGCUUACGCACUGCAAUCGCGGUGAAUGCCUGGACAAUGUCGACUGCCGUGGCGACCUGCAGUGCAAGGAUAAUCGUUGCGUUAACCCAUGCGUUGGUGCCUGUGGCAUUGGCUCCAACUGUGAUGCCAGAAAUCAUGUUGCUGUCUGCAGUUGCCCAUCGGGCUACAAUGGCGAUCCCUAUACAUCUUGUCAUCUGAAUGAUCCUGAGGAGCAGUGUCAUCCGAGCCCAUGCGGCGUCAACACCAAGUGCGAGAUUAUCAACGGCGUGCCCACCUGCUCUUGCGUCCAUGGCUAUCUGGGCAACCCGCUGAGCGGCUGUCGCCACGAGUGCGAGCACGACGGCGACUGCGGCGGACGCGACAUGUGCAGCAACUUCAAGUGCGUGCCCGCUUGCGGACAGUGCGGCAUUGGCGCCAACUGCAAGACUGUGGCCAGCCACAGGGCGGUCUGCGAGUGCCCCAAGGGCUACAUUGGCAGUCCCUACACCGAGUGCCGUCCAGAGUGCUACGGCGAUGUGGACUGCCCGGCGGGACGGCCUGCCUGCUUCUACGGCAUCUGCAAGAACACCUGCGAGGGCGCCUGUGGCGUCAAUGCCGAUUGCAAUCUGCGUGGCCUGACGCCUGUGUGCAGCUGCCCACGUGACAUGACCGGCGAUCCGUUUGUCAGCUGUCGCCCCUUCACCAAGGAGGAUCUCUGCACGCCCAAUCCGUGCGGCAACAAUGCCAUCUGUGUGCCCGGCCACGACAACACUGGACGCGAGCGUCCCGUCUGCAAUUGCCUGCCCGGACACACCGGCAAUCCGCUCAGCCACUGCUCACGCGGCGAGUGCUUGAGCAACAGCGAGUGCCCCGACCACAAGGCCUGCAUCAAUUACCAGUGUGUGGAUCCCUGCUACGGCAAGUGCGCCACUGGCGCCAGCUGCGAGGCCAAGGCACAUCUUGCUGUGUGCCGCUGCCCGCCCGGCCAGUCCGGCGAUGCGCUCGUCUCUUGCCGCCAGACGCGCAACUUUCCCGUGGCCAAGUAUCAUGGCUAUCAUUAGGCCGGCCCACUUGGCCUGCUGCUUAACAAUUGCCGCACUGCCUGCCACACAAACUAAAAAAAGCUUUUCAACGAAAUGUUCUAAAUUAUUUAAUAAAACUGCUGCUAAACAAACAAAAUGCACUUUCUAAAUUCGCCAAUAUUUGUUAUCGAUUUUGUUUAAACUAACUACGUGUAUAAUAAAAAAGAAAUCUCAUGCGAAAACUAACUAGCUGCAU